AGUUGCAGUUGCCUCCGAUGAAGUUGGGCGAUCGUCCGUACCACUCCGACGCAGGACUGACGCAUGUGAUUCGCUUGCUUUGGAUUGAAAACGUGCAUGGACGUGUGCCGCCCCGUUGAUCGACUUGACUGACCGACAGGUGACGUCGGGCGUGCUCCAUCCAGUGUGUUGUCGAUUUCGCCGGCGUGCUCGAUAUUGGCAGUGUGCGCUGCUUUCGCAGCGGCGACAUUCAUACGUUUGCGUGCACCUUGAUCUCGGCACUUCCGGCGUCGAGGGGGGUGACUUGUCGUUCGAAACCAGCGCUUCAUUUGUGUCGCUGGUCCUUCUUCUUGAUCGGCAACCCACCAGCAGCCAAAAUUCGUGUCAAAAACCGCAUCCCGCUUCCAGCCUUCCGGAUGGAACACGAAUCGGACGACAUGGAUGGAAGCGUGUCGAACCCCGAGGAGGAGGAGCUCAACGAGUCCGAGUACGGCGGCUCUGGUGACGACGACGAGGAGCGCCGGACGCCGCUCGACGGAGAGCUGAGCAACGACGACGAGCAGUCCGACGUACUGGCUCGAUACCAGUCACACAAUAACAGCGGCAGCAACAACGGGGGCAACAACGGCAGCGUCCGCAGCAGACAGGACGAUGGGAGUCCCGUCCCGCUGGCCAACAACACCGGCAGCAGUAAUCACUCGAGCAGUACGCCUCCGGCAACGAGCAAUGGAUCGACGACGCCGCACGCGGCUGGCGGCCUGUCCAGUGAGCCACGCAUCCCGGCUCCCAACGCCGUGGUCUCUUCCUCGCCGGGUCCUCUGCGGGUGCUGGACUCCGGCCCACUCAGUGCGAUGGCUGCGCGGGCUGCGGCGGCGAGCGGUGCCGCGGCGCUGCCCCUUCCAGCGGCGGCGGCCAUCCCUGGGCUCCCGCUGUCCCAGGCCCCGGCGCUAUUCAGCAUGGCCGCUGGUGCCCCGCACAUGAUGCACCUUCCGCCAACGCUGACGCCUCACACAACGGCCGUCUCCGGCGCGCCGCAAGAAGCCAAGUAUGCUUUCGAGGACCACUACGGAAAGCAUGGAAAGAACACCGAAUUCAGUCGAGACUUUAAAGUGAGUCCCACUCCUAAGUCGUCUCGGUCGAGCCGCGGUGGCGACUCCAAUGGCCGAGUGAGCAGCAUGGACGACAUCAGCAAACUUUACGAGCUAAGCAACGAGCCCAAAAGAAAAGAGUUCCUGGACGACCUCUUCAGCUUUAUGCAGAAACGAGGGACGCCCGUUAACCGGAUCCCGAUCAUGGCAAAGCAGGUGCUUGACCUUUUCGAACUGUACCGACUGGUCGUGUCACGAGGCGGCCUCGUUGAGGUCAUCAACAAGAAAAUCUGGCGGGAGAUCACCAAGGGACUCAAUCUGCCCUCUUCCAUCACUUCGGCCGCAUUCACCCUGCGCACAUCAGUGAGUCAGCUCAGCCAAUACAUGAAAUACCUGUACCCGUACGAGUGCGAGAAAGAGAAGCUGAGUCAGCCGGACGAGCUGCAGGCGGCCAUCGAUGGCAACCGGCGCGAGGGACGACGCUCCAGCUAUAGCCACUACGCCGAGAUGAUGUCCACGGCGGCCACGGCGGCGUCUCUCUCGGCAUCCCGCGGCAGCAACCAUCACACAUCGCCCAUCAGCCUCGUCUGCCGGCAGGCUAACGGACACGCGCCGCCAUCUACGCAGCACCACGCGGGAGGGCCUUCAUCAGGGGAUGAAGAGAACAGCCUGUCGCUGUAUGUGCCACAGCAGGAGGCCUUGAAUCUGGAGGUUCCACGUGGUGGGAGUGCAGACCACAAAGUUAUAGACCCACGAAGGCUCCUUGGUGAAUCGCUGGGUCCACCGCCCGCUAAGCGAUUUAUUUCUUCAGACGAGGACCACCUUCUCUCCCAGUCUAUGCAUACAACACACAUCAAGAUGAACAGCAGAGGUGAUGGUCGAGGCCAGGCAGACAACUCCAUGUCUGUGACCAUGGAAGUGAACGGCAUCAUCUACCACGGAGUCCUAUACCCCCAGUCGCACAGAAACAGGCUCUCCUAGGUUGCACACUUGCUUGCAGCAAUGCUGGACUCUUCCGGAGGCAGCCUGUCAAACAAAACAUUUACAAAUGAAAUGUGAGUGCACCAAGGACAGAAUACUGCUACAUCCCCUGACGAUGGCAAUGCCGAUCUCCACUGCAAGCCACCAUGUUGUGUGCAGUUAUCUCUUCUGCCUCAGUUCUGCCCUGUGCACACUGACAGCCCACUUGUUGGAAUGUUUUGCAUUGAUUGUGUGUGUGUGUGUGUGUGUGUGUGUGUGUUUGCAUGUAUAUGGUUGUCAAAAUGCACUCUCUCAUGAUUGCAGUGCAUUCCUUCAUCUUUUUCUUCUUUUUCCAACUCAAUGUACACUAAAUAUUCACUCUUGUUUAUAGUCUGGUACAACUUUAGAAGUCAGCGGCACUUCCACCUCAAAAGCAGAUGCACACAAGCCUGCACCAAUGAACGCACAGUCUAGACUGACGUCAUAAGCCAGACAAUCUGUGACCCCACAGUCAGAGAACAUCACCGAGUACAGGAGCGGGACUAUUUGUUCGGUCGCAAAGGCAAUGAGCUGGUGCACUUCGGCCACCCGGGCAGGGCCUCUCCUGCGUUCUUAAGUUGUGUCCGACUAUAGCUUUCUUUAUGUGCAACUUGUUUUCAUCAUUAUUUUUUAUUAGCUAAUGCGCUCUUCACACUGCUUCCGACUAGUAUCCAGCAUGUCUUCUCUGUUGUGUCUGUGAGUCUUUUCCUCCACUGUGGUUGAAGAAAUUCAUACAUUGUUGCUGCCGGCCUCCCUCUUUCAUUUUUUUCAUGCAUUUGUACAGCGACCUGCAUUUAAAAAAGAAAUCUAACCAUUUUAUAAGGAAACACAUUACUUAUCACUGCUUCAUUGUCCCUCAGGUUUUCCAAGAUAGACAAAAUAAAAUGUAUUUGGCCUUCAUUGUUCAACAAUAAGACACUUUGAAUAGUUUUUAGCCUACUUUAUCCAAACAUUUAGUUAAUGACACGUGACAAUGGACAUCUAUGCUGCAGAUGGCUUCUACUAUUGAAUGGAAGGCUUAAAAUAAACAUUAAAAUUUUUUCUUAAUUAAGCAAGCAUGCAACCUUAACAGUUACUUUGUUCAAUCAUUUGAACAUAGAAGUUGUUUGAUGACUAUUUCAAAUCUGGGAAGAAAGCACAGGUCCUGUUAUGUUGCUUCAGUAAAAAAAAAUUCCUCUCUUAACUUUCUUAUGUAGUCCUGUUGAAGUUUUGGAAAAUUGCGAUACCACGAGAUUCUUUUUAAUGCCUUCAAUAAGCCUUCUUUUCCUCUGCGAUGUUCUGUGUCACUUAUUAAGCUGCUAAGGAAGGCUAUUGCUGCCCUGAUAAAGACUUGUGCUCUUAUUGAAGCGUUGGCUCCAGUGCCAUUACCUGUUCAAUGAUUUCUCAUCAUUUUUAAGCUAAGAUCGAUAAAGCAGUAAUGGUGUAACACUGAUGGUGAAUUCCAUUGGCAGAUUUGGAGCACUUCCGGUAGCAGUUUUCCUGCUCCAUUCGGAGCAAGUGUGUUCCAUUGGCGGAUUGAGAGUGCUCCCUGUAUGUUUCAUUGGCAGAUCUGGAGCAGCUCCUGCGCCAGAUUCACUCUACGGAGCAGCUCUCUCUACUCCGUUAAAAGCGGCGGAUUCGACCGAAAGUCGCAAGUUCCAUGCACCUGUGCAGAGCAUGUCGUACUGCGUGCACGAUGAAAUGCGCUGUCCGAUCGCGCCCGUGAAGGCGAAAACUGGCAAAAGCUGCGCGAACUCUGAGGAAAAAAGCCCCUGAAACUUUGUAAAAUAGCGACACUUUCCUCCUCCGCUCACGUUCCUCCUCGUUCUCCUCUCCUUCGCACUCUCUUUUCAAGCAUGGCGCCACCUACCUUGCUCCUGCGUAGCAGACGACGCUUCGCAAAGAGAGCGCGCGUUUGCCAGGCGGCGCGCUUUAAGCAUUCGCACUAGUCGUCUAGCUCUUGGUAUCCUUUUUUUUAAAAUUAUAUGUUGUUCAGAAGAUCUUAGGACACGUUUGUAAAAGACAUGUGUGAUGUUGAACGUUAAUGUCCUGCUUUAUAUGAAGCCUUCUGAAACCUUUACAUUGUACACGUCGUCCUCAUGAGGUGAAUUCGCCGCGCAUACCAAUGACAGCACUGAGGCUGCCAGUACGCACUAGAGGUAGCCGUUCCAAAGUAUCUGUUAGGUAAAUAUAGUUAACGCCGCUAUACGUGCCUGUAUUAUGUAGCACAGUACACUGCAAUACAAAAGGGCAUAUUUGAGGCAUUUCUUUCUCACAAAGCAAUAUCCAGCAUCUGGCUCACUUGUUAUCUUUUUUUUUUUUUCCACCAAAUCUCUGCACUCGCUAUUUCCUGUUAACUGUUUAGCAACCUCACAAAAAGGGCGUGCUAUAGGGCGUAUUCCUGUCCCGAAACAAUAACCAUCAAUCUUGCGUGUCUUUCCUUGCAUUAUCGCCGGGCGCGCGGUACUUCCAGGUCACGAAUGGCGUGCGUGUUAUUAAAAAGCAUCCCUGAUAGGAAAGUGGCGAGCGCCGAGUUUUCAAGAAAGGAAGCGCAAACAUAGCCAGAGGACGGUUAAUGGUGAGGGGCAAGAAGACUCCACAAAGGGUGCGGACAGUUUUUAGAGUGUAAGAAAUACAUGGACAAUGGGUGUUGGUGGUAAUAUGCUAGUUAAAGAGUGGCGACUAUUAUUUGUUUACAAAAUGACUGUCAGUACAAGCCGCAGCUCGGAGCAUCAUUGAAAGAAGAAUGCGUCAGAAGGCGUACAUCAUUUCCAGUCGAUACAUUUAGACAGCGUUAGUUGAUUCAUUAAGAGAUCAGAUGAACCAACCAUAGUGCGCAAGUGCGCCUCGUAGACGUACUUGUCAUACGAACUGCUCAAUGAACGAGCAAGCGAAUGAAUAAACUAGCCUGCCACCGUAAACGUUUCCUUCUAAAGAGUUCCACUCGCGGAUAAUAAUAUCAUCUGGUGUUUUACGUCCCCAUACCAUGAUAUGAUUAUGAGAGACGCCGUAGUGGAGGGCUCUGGAAAUUUUGACCUUCUGAUGUUCUUUAACGAGCGUUGACAUCGCACGGCACACUGGCCUCAAGCUAUUCGUCUCCAUCAAAAUGUGACCUCCGCGGUCGGUCGCGACCUUCGGGUCAGCAGCCGAGCACCAUAACCUCUGCUCCACCGCGGCGGAAAGCCACUCGCGGAUAUAAACCUCCACACUAAAUGGCCCGUAAACCUUUGCGCUAAAUAACAUGUAUACGUGAGGUUCCUAAACGAUGAAUGCACCCUGCGACUCGGUUUGGCAUGCACGCUUUGCCUACCUACCUUCUUUCCAGGAAAAAAAAAAAAACCCGAGCACGCAACAAAAACAGAGAGUACCACUCCUAAUGUGAGCUUUCGCACUGCAGCUUUGUUUCUUCAAAAGAAUUGCGCCGAAUCUCUGAAGUUUCGCAGUCAUAUUUUCGAUCGUCAGUCGGCGUGCCUCCGUAGUCGGCUUGCCAUGCUAGGCGCAGAAACCAAUACCGCAAACUCAAACCAGUAGGCGCAUCACGUCAAGCAGAAAACCAAACCACAUAUUCCUGAAAAAAAAAAAAACACUUAGUACAAACCCCGCAGAAGCAGUAAUAAAACGUGUGAGGAAUAGCAACGUACUGCACAAUUAACUGAGACGUGUCUACAGCGUUAUAGCACGCAGCGAUUUGUGCGAACCUCGACGAGUACUUAAAGUGGGAGGACAGCAACUUACUUCGCAUAGUCGCGUCGAAAACGUUGGCCGAAAGUUCUAUCUUCCGAUUCGGCGUAACCAAGCCUUCCUUCGCAACUCGUUGCACUUCCCGGACGGUAUCAUGACCAGCUUUUUUUUGCCUUCACUUGAUUUGUUUUGGCAUCCGAAAGCACAGCAGAAGCCCAUGGAAACCAACCGUGACGUUGGUCUUCUGUGCAAGGUAUCUCGGAGCACAACGCACGCGGAAUGGAAAGUGCGUAUCCAUAAAACACAUGCGCUGAGAACCAGCAAGCCUGUGCUUCGACAGCAAUGAUGGCAAUCGCGAGCGACUGUAAACAAAUGAACGCUCCGAGCGGUCCCACGUGAUGGCAUUUGGCCAAUGCCGACACAGUGUCAGCCUCGGAGAGGGCAGAGGAGGAAGAAAAGAGAGGAGGCGCACUUUUAUGCACGUAUGUCGCUACUUUACGAAGUUUCAGGGACUUUAGUGAGGAAUGCUGGGCACUUGUGAAGCAGAUGUGUGCUAGCACCCCCUACGGUUUGCUCUGGCGAGGGCGCUUGUGUUCCAUUGGCAGAUUUCCUUCGGUUGCUCUCUGCCGGAGUGGAGUGCUCCAGCGUAGAGUUCGUCGGCCACUCCGAAUCCACCAAUGAAUUACUGUUCCAACAAAAACAUUAAGUGACGAAAUGAAAAGCAUGUUGUUUUUGCGUCUAGCAACCUUGUCAAAUUCUGGAUGGUUCUUUUGGCUCUAAUCUAAUUGCCCCUUUGCAUGGAGGGAGUAAUUUAGUCAAAACCGGCUAUAUCGAAUCAAAAGUGGAUUUCAAAAAGUGCAAUAUAUUAACUUCUUUCAUGCUCUGACCUUUGUGAGAGAAAUUAGACCCAGUUCAUAUGCUGCCAGGGGCAGCGCCAGCAGAGGUAUGGGGGGGCAGUAGCCCCCCACAAUUAUAUCCCCCCCCCCCCCCCUCCAGUCACAAAAUCCUGGCGCUGCCCUAUAUACAAGUAGUUUUUCCAACUGUUAGUAAUCUUCUUUACAUUACGCAACUAUACUGCUGUGAAGCUUACUAAAGCAAAGUCAUUGUUAUGGAGUGCAAAUAGGCCCUUCCUUCUUGACCUAUCCAUAUUUUUAGACAUACACAUUGCAAUUUUUACUUCUCCCCAACACGUGACUUUCUUAAUUAAGUGCAUCAUCUGACUGCAUCUGUCGAAACAGCGUUGUUUUGUCACCAAGAACAAAACUACAAAAUGAAGAUAUUUCUUUUUCACGAUCCUUCCUCGACUGGGCAGGUUUCAGCGGAAGUGAUUCGCCAUAUUCGCCGUUCCAGGUUUCAAUUUCAGACCAGGACAAAUUUUAGUUUUUCUUUUAUUUGAAGCUUUCUUUUCGAGAAAAUAGUAUGGCUUUUUCUAUUGCUUCGUGCAGCAAAAUGGAUAGAUGGCAUCCUUUUUUUCUUUCGUGAAUGUUUCUACCUCGAAGGCUUUCUCAGAAGUGAUUUGACAGCACUUUUAAAAUUUUGUGCAUUUGUUUGUGUACAUUACUUUAUUUUCUUUCAAAUAUCUGUGGCUGCAAAUGUACAUUUGUCUGGUGACCUUACAGCUGGCUGCAUCCAGUACCUCACACACACUGACUUCUGACUUUGCGCAGUCGACGUCCGUUAAUUUGACCCUGAAGGAAUGGAUGAAAUACAGCAGACUCAGUAUAAUUUAAACUCGAUUGAUACUCCCUGUUAUUACUUUUGGUUAUCAUACUUGCAGUUAACUAUUAGAACUAACAGACAAGAAGGCCAAGGAAAGUAGCUCAGUGGUAGAGCAUCCACCGUAGCUCAGGUGGUAGAGCAUCGGACACAUUAUUCGAAGGUUGCAGGUUCGGUCCCUGCCGGCAGCAAGUUAUCUUUUCAUUCACUUUACUUUCUUCACAUUUACGUCAUAAUUAGUACAUGUAACAUCUCCUUACUUUCCUUGGCUUUCUUAUCUGUUAGUUCUGAUUAAUCUUGUGUCUAGCAAGGAAAAACGAGCCCUUAAAAUUCCCCUUCUUUCGUUGCAGCUAACUAAAAAUAUAUCAAAUUUAUGGCUGACCUGCUAUGUUUACAAUAGAUUUAAAAGCUGCUUAAAUCAAACUUCAUCAUUCGAUUAAUUCUGUUGAUUCAUACUUUUUGCUUAUCUAUACCAGAAUUAUUAACUGUCUGUCUUUCCUUAUAGCUGAACAUUUUUACUCAAAGAUUUUCAAAGCAGCUUGAAAUAAUGUUUAUUGCCUGCCUGCACUUGUCAAAGCAUCCAAAAGCACAAGCAAAAAAAAGAAAAAGAGGGAAAAAAAAUAAAUAACCGUGACAGUGGUGAUGCAAUUGAUGAUUGGCUAUCUUUGCUUUUCCUGAUUAGUUGCACUGAGUCAUAUUUAGGCUUGCAUCAGAUUAUUUGAACUUCUGACAAUUCAAACAAUAUUCUGGGCUCCUCAAGUUUGAAUUAUCAAGAGUCUGUUGUAGGUGAAAUUGUCUGGUGGGUAGAAAUAAGCAAAAGGCAGAAAAAACAGCAAUAUACACAGCUGACUCAUAUGGCAGUACUUGACCUGACUGCAACAUAUCCCUGAAUCAGACACGCACGUGCAGUUUAUUAAUUCAAAGUAGAAUAACUUCAAGAUGACGUUGGAGGAUCAAAAAUACAUAGAAAUUGAAUGCACACUCAAUUCUUUAGCAAGAAAAGCAAUAUAUCUCUAAUAAUGGCACUAAGAAAAAGAUAAACCAGUAAAAAGUGUGGUAAAUGGUAUUUUUAGUCAAUGCAUUCAUUGAAUAUUGUGUUGCAUGUCUAAACGGAUUCAACUAGAUUGCCCAGUAGAGCUGUACGCACUAAAAUUGCACUUGCGAGCGAUGUUUUGCUGCGGGUGUUGCUUACGGCACAAUGAAUUGGUUGUUUGAGCAGUUCUUCCUUCGCUCUAAAAUUUUUAUAAGGCACUUAUUCAGCUGAAUUAUCAGAGUAAGUGGAUCAGCAUCACCAUCAGCAGCAGCAGCAGCAGCUAAUAUAUGUCCAGUGCAGGAUGAUAGCCUGUCCCAAUGGCCUCCAAUUACUCCAGUCUUGCGCAAGCUGAUUCCAUCUGAUGUCUUUGAUGCUAACAUCCUAAUUUCGUCGCACAAACUACUUCUCUGCCUUCCUUGACUGUACUUCCGACUCCCGAGUCCUUGGCAAGCAUAGUGUCACUCUAAUAGACUGCACUGGUUUGCUGUAUACAUUGCAAUGUACCCACCACAAUAGAUUAGCAUAUGGUAUUGCGCUGCUGAGCACGAGGUCGCGGGUUCAAAUUACACCCACAUUUCAGUGUCGAUGAAAUGAAACAAUGCGUGUCUGCCAUGUGUAGGGUGCAAGUUAAAGAACCCCAUGUGGCCAAACUUGAUGUGUUGUAUCACACUAUGGUGUGGUUUAUAAUUAGAUUGUAAAUUUAGCGCAUAAGAUCUCAAAAUUUAGCCAGACAAGUUAUUUAUAUCUACUACCUGGAGAAAACGCAAAAUUGAGUAUUUUUUGCCUAUUUCCUCCUCCUGCUCGUACAAUGUUGGUGCAUUUGUUCAUUUACUAUCACUGAAUAACUUUCCUUUCUGGGUAGUUAAAGCAUUUUUUUGGUUGCUAACAACUUUAUUUGUAAACAUUAUCGUUUUUUUUGUUUUCUGUAGAUUUAUGUUCCUUCAUUCAUUUUACAAUCUUCUUAUGGUCAACAGAAAGGUCAACAUAUUUGCUUUUGCUAUCCUAUUCCCACUUUAUUUGCUAAAAGUGCUUCAUUGGGCUUCCUUCGGUAUGAGCGUUUUUUGGAAUCCCAGCAGUGAAGUCCAGUCAUCUUAUGGAAAUUUGUGUAGCUUUGUAGGAGCCCUCUGACAUGCAAGAUUUUUGGCCGGUUUAGGUUGUCAGCGAGAAGAAUUUCUUCGUUCAGAACAGGGGCGGCACCAGUGGGGUGCGCAGGGGGGCAACUACCCCCCUAAAAUUUCUGCCUGCUCCCCCUUUGCCCUCCCCCCCCCCCUCCCCAAGAGCAAACAUACUCAAAACACAGUGCUUAAGUUCCCAGCCUCCUUGCCCUCCUGGAGGAACUCGCUCGUCGUGGGUGCCUUCCCAGGAAAAAGAUCCUGGUGUCGCCCCUGGUUUGGGAUGUUGAGCAUAAUGGAUCUUUUACACUUUAGAAAACCACCUGUAGUGGUAGGCACCUACAACACAGCAGGGUAUGGCAUUGCUGGCACUGCCUCAUGAGUACGGCCACGUGUGUUUUUUUCACGGUGAGCGUGCGGUUAGUUUCGUGAACUCUCGUGCUUCCUCUGUGCGCAUAUUCCUCUGUACACAGCCAGUGGAGUAGAAUCGCGAGUUGGGCUAGUUGGUGGAUGUUCAUUGUGGAAUAACUAACAGUGCAACAAGGUUAAAACACAGACAGAAUGAAGAAAAGGACACAGCGCUGAAUUCACAACUAAAUUUAUUUUUGAAAAAGAAAGAAUAUAUAUAUAGAUAACAAUGAGGCACCAAACUCUGCACGUGCAUUGCAAUACAACAUGAAUCAUGUCUUGUCUAACAGAUAAUUGUACUCUUCAUCUAGAAGAGUGAUUGAUGGUUGACUUAUGCAACUUCUGCUGAAUCUUAUAAAAAAGGCUUCACACGAUUCGUGUGCUGCGCGUCAAACAUGGCAAGCUGUGAACGAGAAAUUCAAAUGACUUGAAACCAACUUGCGGAAUAGGCAUCUGAAAAUGGCUGCCAACGUGGCUAGUGUAAUGCCUUACAUUGUAAACGUUUAUAGGGCUGCCUGCUUAUGCUAGCCAGGCUGAUGUAAUGCAUCGUGCGGCCUAUUGUAAAGUUUUGCUUCGAUUAACAUAGGGCCAACUACAUCUUUAUAUUCAUUAAUGCGUGCGCACGGGCCAAGCCAGUCUUCUCUGUAUCGUUCAAAUUUUAGUAUAUGUGACAAGCAAUUUCAAGCACUUCUCCUUGAUGCCCACAGUGUCGGCAAUUGUGCAGAGCAGAUUUACACCACCUCAUUUGGAGUUUCUCAGCUUUCUCGCAAGGAAACAACUAACACCUGCCACGCGACGACGUAAGAACCUUAGGAAAUGGGCUACAAUCUAAUGAUGAAGCACAAAAGGCACUCGCUAAUUAUGCUAGUAUAAGUGGCCUGUUUCGAGUGGUCCAGAUGCCAUCAACCAUGUUGUGCGAGAGCGACUCUAUUAGACAUUUACCGAAGAUGGAUGCAGCUCAACGCAUACGAUGAAUAACAGGAACUCGUACCAGUUUAACAUGCUGAUGCUGUUGGCCCAACAAUCCCUUCCCCACCUAAUCCCAAACUGCAGCCAAGAGCCGUUCUUUUCCAUGAAAUAAAGGUUCAGUUCUUUCAUUCAUUUAUUAAUAUGUCCAACGCACGUGAACAAGGAACCAUCUGUAUCAACCACAGCAAAAUGGCUGUGGCAGCUGUUGUCGCAGUUUUUGUGGCAGCUGUAGAACUGUUCAGGAAUUGACGAAGCAGCCAAAGUGUGUGAUUAUGUGUUUCAUACAUUUUGUGCACUAAUACUUGACUGGCAUGAUGCGCACUUGCUGGGACUGUAGUUGGCUAUACUUCUUCGCAAGACGUCAUUCCAACUUGGGAUGCUGGCCAUAUCGAUAUUACACUGGGAAGUAAUGGCUUUACUGUGUCAUUGGUCCCAUGUCCCUGACCAUUGUGGUCAGUACUGUACCAUCGUCCUUCAUUUGCCCGCAUAUGGUGGCCGAAAUCAUCAGUGUUUUUCCACCCAUUUCGUCCUGCCCAGUUGGUCUUGGAACAGCAUUCCACUGUUCCUCCAAAUGCAUGCUUGGUCUCACAUUGCGGAGGCUGGUGCUGCAAGUGCAGCUGACCCUCUAUAAAAAUGAUGGCUUCACUCUUCCCAUUAUUCACAGCGUUCUAACUGGCCUCACGUAUGUGGCCGGCACACCUGAGAAAGGUCCAUUAUUUCUCUAUGCUGACGAGUCCAUAUGUAGACCAUUCUCGUUUGUAAGCACGAUCUUCCGUUUCGUUUUCUUUGUCUUUCUUUUCUUUUCUUUGCUUUUUCGAUGUAAAAACUAAUUUCCAGUAAAAACUAAUGUAAAACUAAUGUAAAAACUAAUUUUCAGUCAGUUUCUGUACUUUCGUGUUGUGUGAAACCUUCCAUGUAGAUUGUGUGGCAUUACGGACGAUGUCUAUCGCCAUUGUUAGUUUCACUUCUUCAACAUCGCAUGUAGUCACAUCUUCAGCUGGCACAACAUGUUGUAUGCCUCCAAAGAUACAAGCAUUUGCAAUCAUGUGGAAUGAAAGGGGUGUUUUGACAUCUAAGGAUGCACAUAGCCUGAACAAGCAAGAUCACAGAUGAAGGGAUGCUAACUGGCAUUGAUAUAUGUACAUACGAAAUUCUUGCUCAGCAAGCUUAUUUGAAGUCUUAAUUGAAGCAGCCAUAUAGAUUAAAUAAACCUUUUCAAAGCUCUACGACUGAAAUGGAAUUUCCAUGCUGUUCCCUUCAUUCAUGUUGUCAUCAGUGGAAGCUGUUUUCAUCCUAGAUAUAUAGGAACUCACUUGGCUUUAGAUCGUGUACAUGCUGCUUGACAUAAGAACUUAAUGAGCGGAACAGUGGUGCUUGUUAUUGAAUUCCUUAUAUUUAGUGUUUAAUGUUGGUUGAUACAUGGUGCCCUCUCUGUAUAUGGUAUGGGCAGUGCAAUCAAAGGUACCAUGUAAGAAUUUGUAAGAAAAACAAGGCUGCAAUAUCAUUCAAUCCUGUGAAUUAUGCCCUAUACAGAUGUCAGUUGGGGUAGCUUAUGUUUGUAGUUGAAAUUCGGCCCACAUAUUGUGAAGACAUCAAUUUUAUUCUGAGAAUGUACAGCUUGCAUUUUGUACAUUUUCUUUGCACAGCUUUGUAGCUUUUCUGUGCCUUGUUCAGUUAAUUCAUUUUGACAUAACAGAAAGCAGUACUAAAAACAGAGCAGUUUUAUGUGGCUAGCUCAUCAGGGGCAAUUAUGUGAAUACAAGUAGUGCUAUUUCAUAAAUUUUUAAUCAGGAUUGCCGUGAAUCACUCGAAUAAACCAAGGCGAAAAGAAUCACCGGAACGCUCAACCCACAUCAAUAUAGGAAUCUCAGGGAUCUCUUCUGGUCUCGAAGAGGCGCAUCUGUGUGCACACCAUCUUUGUGUGAAAGUGUCUGAAUGGUCUUCAUCUGUGUUGUUCACUCGUUUUGUGAAACAAUUCAUGCUAGAAGGUGUGAUUUACGCAAUAUGUUAUGGCAUUGCCCUUCUGGUGUGUAGCACUUCUUUCUCUCUCAACAUACCGUGAUAGCGUUGUUCAAAGCCAGCUUUUAUAUGUAGUCAGUUUUUUUUUUUCCUUUUCUUUUUUAGCUUGUUUCUGUAAAGCUCAUUCACCCAAAGUAUAUAGCUUUCAAGUCUUGUUGUGUGGCUUUUUAUAAAAGGUGGGUGUUCUUUGCGCUGGGAGGCAUGGCUACUGAACUUUGGAGUAAAUUUGGCACCAUGAGAUGGACAGGACAAGUGGUGACACUCCCCUCACAGGCAGUACUCUGAUGAGGCAUACUCCUUCCACUCUGAAAGCCAUGGAACUCAAUGACAUUUCCAUGGUCACCGCAUUUCCGCUAGACUUUGGCCUUAUCAGAGUGCUUUUGUGAACAUUGUUUUCAUAAGUGUGGUAAACGACACACUUUCCCUUCUGUUGCCUAUAACAUAAGUAGUUGUUUCUCCUGCCCUCCCAUUUCAAUGCUAUUGCUACAUUAGUUUUUGCUGCACUUUUUUACAAGCUUUGAAGCCUGCCUUCCUCAUUUGUUUUUCUUCAUUUAUGUUGUGAAAGAGUGGAAAGAGAUGACAGGUGUUGUUUAUGAUAAUAUUAUUGUUUCUAUUUAAAUGCGAGUUGUUUUUAUAUGUUAUGGAGAAGAAAACGAAGCGUAGCUUUAUGUUGUUGCCCCCAGAGCAUACAUUGUGUGGUCACAACACCUGCUGGCCGGAAGUGGUGUGUGCACCAUAGAACCAAUCCGUCCAUUCAGGAGGAAAGGCCUGACUAAUGGGGCGGAAGUGUGUUGGCUGACGUCUUUCUAACUGUCGCAGUUCUUUUUAUGCGACCUGUGUAAAUAGUACUAUAUUACCGCUUGAGAGGGCCUCAUUUGCCAUGUGUGUUCGUGCAUUCUUUUUUCCUUGCCUAUCUUAUGACAGAGCUGUUCUCUCAGGCUAUGUUACAUACUUUAAAUUUUUUCUUUCAUCAAUCUUUAGCUGUAUUUGCUGAAGUAACAAAGAGUGAAUAAAAAGUUGUGCUGUUGUGUGCUAAUAUGUCAUGGCGGCAACGAUGUUCCAACCCACCGUUUAUUUAUAGUACAGUGUUUUUGGGAAGCUGGUUUCAGUAGUGCUCUUCUUGUUUCCUUGCAUUGAAUUUUUAGCCUUUAUGCAAUAUGAUGUGUAUGUGGUGCCUCAUUCUGGCAGAAGUGUACGUGUGCUUUUUGAUUAGGAGAUGCAUGAUGAAACUGUUAACAAUCCCCAGUUUCCUUGUUUCUCAGGAUCAAGCGUUGUACUUGUGCACUCCGACACAGUAAUCAGAGCUUCUACAUACUGGUCUGAUCAAAUAGGUAGUCUCUAUACCUCUUUUCCUGUUUUUUUUUAUUCAGUCAAAAGUGCAGUUUUGCAUGGUCCAGUACAGUGCUGUGGAUGUUGGUGCUGGGCAAGCCAAGAAAAAUGCAAGGCAGGCCUCUUGUCGCACUUAGGUUUCUCUAGUGUGACAUAAGGGCCAUGUUAAAUGAACAAAGCUUUGUCACUAUUUAAUAUGGCACUUGUGUGCCUUUCUGUGUUUCUGUGGUAUUUUGUGGCACCAUUUAAAAUAAAUUUAUUUUACUUAUUUUAUUUAUUUCAACAUACUGCAGCCUUGAAGGGCUAUUGCAGGAGGGGAGGUAGCAAAUAUAAAAUUUGCAAAAUAACACAAGCUGCAUUGAACAUGAGGAUCAAUAGUUAGUAGUAUGCAAAAUGAAUUCAGCAAGUGAUAAAUAUCUAACAUGGCCGGGCAAAGCAUUCCAUAGUUCAAUAGGGUGGACAAAAAACUGUAUUUAUAUGCAUCAGUUCAGUGAUGAAAAGGAGACAUAUUCAGCUCAUGAUGAUGUUCGGUGGAUUUCAGUUUAGUGGGUGUGAGGUAGUUGCUUAGUAGAGGAAUUCAUGGAGAGUGAAUCAGAGUAUAAAGAAACUUCAGGGAUUCAACGUGAUGACGAGAAGAGAGACUAGUAAGCUGAAGACUAUGAAGAUGAGAGCCAGGUGAACAAUACCUGUCAUAGCGACAAUAUAUGAAGGAUAUGGCUUUCUUCUGGAAAUAUUCGAUUUUUUUUUAUGUCAGAUAUUUUGUGAGGGUUCCAUCUGACAGAGCUGUACUCAAGUAAUGGACUAACCAGAGUUUUAUAAGUGAGGAGUCUUGUGUUACUUGGGGCCGAACAUAGUGUAUGUUGCAGGUAUCCUAGCCAUCUAAGCACACGGUUGCACAUGAGUUUAAUGUGAUAUGACCGAGACAGAUUCUUAGCGAAUACAAGACCUAGGUAUUUAUAUUGAGACACAUUUUCUAGAGGCAAACAAUUAAACUAAUAGAUAAAAGAAGGGAGAGAACACUUGGUAAAUGACAUGGAAACAGUAUGAAUCCUUAACAUGCUCCCAUCUCAAUUUUACCUAAUGCUAUUUACCUAAUUUUACCUAAUGCUACAUUGUUCGGUCAAAAAAAUAAAACAACGAAAACUGCAGGAUAAUUUUCAAAAGGCACAAUAUGCAUGAGUAUGACAUUUUUAACAGCUAUAUAUUACAAAAGGAGUACUAGUUCAGGACAUGUAUCAUCCAGUCUAUUACACAUGCUAAGGCUACAAAUGGAGAUUAUAAAAACAUAAAGGGUGCUAUCCCAUAGUCAACAGGACACCACACUGAUGGAGUCACACUAGCUAACAAAAAACCAUUUUAAUAGCAGAAAUCAGUGAUUAUUAAGGUAACUGUUUUGUACACAAUAACCUGCACCAAGCCCACAGUAAUGGCUCAAUCCCUAUGGUGUUGCGCUGCUAAGGAUGAACUGAAUAGUUCGAUCCCCAGCCGUCAUGGCUGCAAUGUGAAGGGGAUAAAAUGCAGAUACCCACGUGCUUAGAUUCAGGUAAUCAUAUCGCGAUUUUUGGAUGUAAUGUCUCGUAAUUUCUUUUUACCCACAUAGCAACCAAUAGUACUUUGUAAUGAUAGAAAUUCUCUGCAUUUACGUGGCAUUUGAGCUUACUUUAAAAUUUUCAUUCAAUAUUUUAUUAUUGAGUAUUGACAACAUUGACAUUGUAAGCACUUGUAGACAGAUACCUCUCAAACACUUCUGCUGAGUCGUUAUUGGUGUAACAAAAAAAAAAAAAAUUGGGGGUAAACUCUGCUUUGCAGGCUGGCAGCACCAACAUGGCAGCCACUGUUUCUCACUUUAUUCCUUCCUGUUUUCCUUUUUCCAUUUUAUUCAUGCCUGAGGACCGCCUUUCAGCAAACUGUGCUAUGUGUCUGAUUUUAGCACGAAUUAUUUGAUGGAAUGAGCGCUUCUCAAAUAUGUUUUCUCAUGAUACCACCGUCUGCUAUCAUAAUGUUAUUAGCUUGUACAAAUAAAGACUGAAAAACAAUUUUUGAAGAGAGAAA